UUUAGUGUCAUUAUAUUAUUUAAAAGAAAAAAAUAAAGAUAUUGAAUACUGAUUUUUAUUUAAAAAAGAAUAAAAAUUUGUUAAAAAAAUUCGUCCCUGGGUGGGCUUGAACCACCAACCUUUCGGUUAACAGCCGAACGCGCUGACCGAUUGCGCCACAGAGACUUAUGCAUUUGCAGAUAUAUUCGUCGUGGAAUUAUCCGUAUAAUUAUUUUUUAAAUGAUCAAAGCGAUUUUGGUUUUUAACAAUCACGGAAAAGUUAGAUUAACUAAAUUCUUUCAAUAUUACACAGAGGAAGAGCAGACACAAAUUAUAAAAGAAACUUUUCAUUUAGUUUCCAAACGUGAUGAUACUGUUUGCAAUUUUUUAGAGGGUGGUAGUUUAAUAGGAGGAUCUGAUUACAAAUUAAUUUAUAGACAUUAUGCUACACUCUAUUUUGUGUUUUGUGUUGAUCCAUCAGAAAGUGAAUUGGGCAUAUUAGAUUUGAUUCAAGUUUUUGUAGAAGCUUUGGACAAAUGUUUUGAAAAUGUAUGUGAAUUAGAUCUGAUAUUUCAUGUGGAUAAAGUGCAUUAUAUUUUAUCUGAAAUAUGCAUGGGUGGGUUAGUGUUGGAAACAAAUUUGAAUGAAAUUGUUAACAGAAUUGAAGAGCAAAAUAAAAUAGAAAGAAAUGAGGCUGGGAUAUCAGCUGCUCCAGCAAGGGCUCUCUCUUCCAUGAAAAAUAUGAAUAUUCCUCAGCAGAUCAAAGACAAUAUAAACAUCAAAAUGCCAGACUUACCUUCCAUAAACCUUUCUAACCUUAAAUUUCACUAAUAUUAUUUUUAUAUAAUAAUGAGAAAAAAAAGAGUAAUUAUAUUGUAUUUAUAUGCCAUUAUUACUUUAACUCAAAUAACAUGAUUUUGUAAUA